AUGAUUUCGACGGUGUCUCUCGCGCCCGCGCGCGCGCGCGCGACCGCUCGGAGGGAUGGGCGCGCGACGGUGUCCGCGCGGUCGUCCGGGUCGAUGAAAGUCGCGAAUCCGCGCUCGAGAGCGGUCGUCGGGAGGGCCAAGCCGCAGCCGUUCGAGGACGUCUCGGUGCGAGAGCUCGACGGCGAGCUGCACGAGAUCCUGCUCAAGGAGAAGCGACGACAGAGGCUCGGGUUGGAGCUGAUCGCGAGUGAAAACUUCACGAGCAAGGCGGUGAUGGAGGUGAACGGGUCGUGCCUGACGAAUAAGUAUUCGGAGGGUUUGCCGGGACAGCGGUACUACGGCGGGAACGAGUUCAUCGACGAGGUGGAGCGAUUGUGUCAAAACCGUGCGCUGAGCACCUACCGCCUCGAUCCGGCGGAAUGGGGGGUGAACGUACAAGUGCUCUCUGGUUCCCCGGCCAACUUUGCGGUGUACACCGCGCUUCUUCAGCCGCACGAGCGUAUCAUGGGUCUCGACUUGCCGCACGGCGGUCACCUCACGCACGGCUUCUAUACGCCGAAGAAGAAGAUCUCCGCGACGUCCGUGUACUUCGAGUCGAUGCCGUAUCGCUUGAACGAGGCCACGGGUUUGGUGGAUUACGACAAGCUCGAGGAGAACGCGAUGCUUUUCCGACCGAAGUUGAUCAUCGCUGGCGCCUCGGCGUACGCUCGUAACUUUGAUUACAAGCGCAUGCGCGAGAUUUGCGACAAGGUUGGCGCAUACCUGAUGUCCGACAUGGCCCAUAUCUCCGGUCUCGUCGCCGCUCAGCUCGCGGACGAUCCUUUCAAGUACUCUGACAUUGUCACCACGACGACGCACAAGUCUCUUAGAGGUCCGCGCGGCGGCAUGGUCUUCUACAGGAAGGAACACGAGCAAGCCGUCAACUCUGCCGUCUUUCCGGGUCUCCAAGGCGGCCCGCACAACCACACCAUCGGUGCCCUGGCUGUGGCGCUCAAGCAAGCGCAAACUCCCGGGUUUGUCAAGUACCAAGAGCAAGUCAUCAAGAACUGCGCCGCAAUGGCAAAGCGCUUGAUGGAACUCGGAUACACGCUCGUCUCUGGCGGUACCGACAACCACUUGGUGCUGUGUGAUUUGCGUCCGAAGGGCGUGGACGGUGCGCGCGUUGAGAAGAUCCUCGACCUGUGCCACAUCACGUUGAAUAAGAACUCCGUUCCUGGCGACACCUCUGCGCUCGUCCCGGGCGGCAUCCGCAUCGGAUCUCCGGCGAUGACGACGCGCGGCAUGACGGAGGCGGAUUUCAUUCGCGUCGCCGACCUCAUCGAUAAGGGCGUCAAUAUCGCUAUCGAUAUCAAGGGUAAGACCGAAGGCGGUAAGUUGAAGGAUUUCAAGGCGUAUUUAGAAGCCAACGACGUGCCGGCCAUCGCCGAGUUGAGGGCUGAGGUUGAGGCUUUCGCCGAUGAGUUCCACAUGCCCGGCGGUCCGGAAAUCUAA